ACCAUCGCAAAAACCUAUGCCUAUACUGAUUUCUUUUGUUGUUUUGAGUCAUCCUAGCGUUUUGUUGGGUUUAUGUCGGUAGGUUGGUUGGUCGGUCGAUCGCUCGCUCGCUCGCUCUCGCGCAGUGAGUGAAACAGCUUCGUCUUCCUGCCCUUGUCCGUGUUCCCCGCGCCGUAGAGCAGCCUCCCGAUGGUCAGCGUUCUCCAGCCCACCCCGUCUCGACAACCGUCGAAACCGUACGGACUCCCAGCUUCGUGAAGUGAGCCAAGAGCCGCACGACGAGCCAACAUGCCUCGACCGUCCCAAGACCUCGCCGCCGGCACCGUUGCAGCCUCACCACCGUCGCCAACAACAACAAGUCCGGUAAAGAGUGUGCUUUUCCACAGCCAGUUCCCAUUUCAGGCCACGUGCUCCGGAAUGACUUCUAAACCAACGCCGACUUUACGGACUACAUGUCGUUUCUAAGGAUAUUCCUAAACCCAAAGUGCACCAACGAUUCCUAGCACCGACCACCGAAACGUCGCCGCUGUCGCCUUUUCAGUUGUUUCGUGCAACCGUCGUCUACAAGGUAUUCACUUCACCCGCGUGUGCUAACACCGUCGUCUGCUUGAUCUGUCUUCGUCGUCUGCAAAAGCAUUGCCGCUGUGCGUGGUAUGGCGGCUUGUCUGAAGCGUCAAAGAUCUCGCCGUCGGCUUGCAGCGCUCACGUUCCUCUCGAACAUCUCCCUGGAUGGGACGCACAGGGAUACGAAACUCAACAUAUUUAAUCGCGCGACCCAGUCGUGCGAUGUAGACGUGACCGAUCGCACGGCCAUCGCAGCCGGCGACUUGGCCGUCAACGAAGAUGAUUCUGCCACAACUGAUCGAACUACACCGCCGCUCGUAUUGUCCAAGUGCAGUGCUGCGACCACCGCCGCCAAGGCAAACAGCGACGAAAAACUGGCCUAUUCCGCAGGCGGUAGCAGCCCAAGGGAGCGUGAACGGGUCUACAGCUUUGCGUCCGAGACGCGGAUCCGCCUGCCGUCGUUCAGCAGCAAGAAGAAACCCCUGACAAGGCAACAUUCCACAAAGCCCCUGCAGCAGCAGCAGGCAAGCAAAGGGAGCAACGAAAGCUUAGGCGGCACGCAAAGCCGAAGCCGACAGACCUCUGGCAGCUUCUCAGACAGCUCUCACUCGUCGUUCGAGCUCAAGUUUGUCAAAAGUACCAAGGACCAGCCCGUGAGAGAUGAAAGGGUCUACAUGGUCUCUGCAAAGAGGGCCCCCGUGGUGGUCUUCUCGGCACUGUCGUACAACAGAAGAAGCCUCCGAAGCUCUGCUAGGCCCGAGACAAAAACUGAAGCGUCGAAACGGAGACACGCUUCCGGAAAUCGCCAGUUGUUGGCCAUCAACGACAAUGGCGACGCCAUGGAUAUGCUCUCUCUCCUCGGCAUCCGACGUCCUGAAGAAGGACAGUACCUGUCAUUCGGGCAGUACCUGGUGUCCUCCCGUCAACCUCACGGCUCCGGCGCACCCCUCCGCUGGUCCAAGUCUCACGAACCGGAGCUGCCCGUGCACAGCCACGUGGGGCGCUGCGUCUCUUACGAUGCCAGCCAAGCGACCACACCGCCCAGUGCCAACAGCCUGGACAAGAGCUUCGAGUGGAGCAAGGAUGACACAAUUCUACCCCACUGCUGCGUGAUUCCUGUCCUGUACACGCCGGACUUGCUGGACAACCCGGAGCUGAUAGCGGGCAAACACAGCACCCUGCUCACCUUUCCCUCUUACAUCACGUCGGUCAUUGACUACGUGAAGCCGUCGGACCUCAAGAAAGAACUGAAUGACAAGUUUCGUGAAAAGUUUCCCUUCAUCAAGCUGACGCUGAGCAAACUCCGAAGUUUGAAGAGAGAGAUGUGCAAGAUCGCUUGCGGGGAGUGCGGAAUCGACCUGCUGACAGUGUCCCAAGCCUACGUGUUUUUCGAGAAGUUGAUACUGAAGCUGCUGAUUAACAAGCAGAACCGUAAGCUUUGUGCUGGGGCUUGCCUGAUGCUCUCUGCAAAACUCAAUGACGUCAAGGGCAAUGACAUUAUGACACUCAUAGAGAAGAUUGAAUGCGGCUUCCGCCUCAACCGGAAGGACCUGCUCGACUUCGAGUUCGGAGUGCUCGUUGCGCUCGAAUUCUCCCUGCACCUUCCCACCUGGCAGAUCUACCCCCACUACCAGCGACUCCUGUACGAGUCCUGAGACGCGCCCGAAGGCUGCGGCGGCUCCUUUCACACCCUGCUGCAGCUGCACUGGCGACUUCACCGGGUUGCGCCAUUUCACGCCUCGCCCCUGUGACACGCUGCUGUGACACUUCUGUGAUGCCUGUGGGCACCUCGGUGUUACGAAACGUUACCUGGGGAUCAGGUUGGACCCUCGGCAAGAAGGUCGGUGAGAUCGCCGAUUGCCGUGAUUGCCCGGCACCACGCUGCGAUCUCGCUGACUUUGUCGCCGAGGAUCCGACUUCGAGCCCGAGAUAGCUCGCACGUUAGUCGUCUCUGCGAGGUGGCCAAGUGCAGUCAGUCGUGCGAGAGGCAUUUGUCGGUGAUAAAAGGCCGGCGAAAGAAGCGCGCUUUUGGGUCGCGGCGCAAGACGACGGCAGUCAGUAACUAUGCGUCGUCGAACCGAGUGUCGUGUUUCUCAUGCUGCUGCCCGCCUCGGGGAACGACGCGACUCUGUAGUUUAACGACGCAUAGUCGUUUGUCGACUGUCGUCGUCACGCGUGCCCAUAUACGAUUGACGUGCGGGCAACCCGGUGUAACGUUUCGCACAACCAGGGCGUCUGCAUGCCUCACACUAGACGUGCUUUGCGCUUCCACUUCAUAACCGUGGCACUUUGGAAAGGGAACAGUCUUUCGUGCCUCCGUCGAAGUUUCGACACAGAUGCUUUGGUCCGACAACUGCGGCACCCUUGUGACCCUCGUGUGAUGCGUCUCUGUGACACCUCAUGCCAGAUGCGCUUCCGUUUCAUAACUGCUGCACUUAGGAAAGGAAAGCGCUUCCCACGCAUCCCUCGAGGCUUUGACGCAGACGUUUUGGUUCGGCAACUACGACACCCUUGUGAGACACUCCUGUGACGCAGCUCCGCACGUCCUUCCUCCGGCUGCGCAGCUCGAGCGCUUCAACGAAAAAAGAGAGUGUGAACCGUGUCUGCGGCGAGGGCCUCGGGUCCUCGCAACUUUACGAACCUUUCUCAAAGUUGUGUAUAUGUUUUCGCUCGUUUAUUUUUAUGUAUGGUGCCGUGAUCGAUGCCAUUCUUUCUUUCCAUCCGACCCUUCGUUUUCCGUGCGACACCGGAACACUGUGCUCGAAACGAACUGUGUCCAACGAGCACCCUUGCAACAUACGCUAAAAUCCUUUGCCUCUUAAUGUAAAGCAUUGUUUAUUGGAGUGUACGGCAUAAUCUGCGGGCUUGGAUCACUUCAAAUCCCAGUGGCUGAAGCCUGUAGGCCCUACGGGGCUUCUGGCCUGAUCCCUUUUUCAUUCGCCGGAAAACCUUGGGAUUGACAGCGAUACGAUUGGCUGUCUGUCUUUCUGUCGGUGGUUUUGGGCCGAGCAGCAACAGUGCCCAGUUCUUGGCCUGACUCUUUGCAGCGUGGGGUCUACAAUCCCCACCCCAUAUAAUGUGCUGCCCGUGUUCCACAUAGAAUGUGUGUUGGGCCACGCCCCAUGCAUGCUGACAUCUGGGUGUCUCUCCCCCCCCCCCCCUUGUUUUUGUUGUGUAUUUCAUAUUUGCCAUGCGUCAAGGUCAAACUGCCAACAAAUCCCCAAGCGUCUCAACAGGCUUGGGCAUAAUUCUUUUUGUAACAACAGGUUGUGUAGUGCAGCGUUUCUUUGUCGUGAUCUGAGCCUGUUUUAGUGCCCUUUCGAGUCUUGGAAACUAUGUUGCUAUGUUUUGCCUCUAUAUGAUGACGAAUUUGUCUGUAUAGUACUUUUAAUUUUGACCUGGUAAGAUGGACUGCAUUGCACAUGAUCUGUACAAAGUCAUACACACUCUUCAUGGCUAAGUAUGAACCACAAUCCAGAAGUUGUGCUUUACUCGUAAGGUGUCUGUAUGCUAUCGAUAUAAAUGAAUCAGUACGUGCAAGGUAUUAGCAAAUGUAGAGGUAAUGUAAAGCAUGGGAGUGCAAGGAUCUGUUGGUAUUCCGGAAAGGUACUUAACAUGCUUUCGAUACUGGUAACAAAUUGGUACCGGUAUUAUUAUAGGGCUGUUGAUAUCAUAAAGAUAAUGUUUGGGUACUAGUAAGCAAUGGUAAGAUCACUGGUUACAGGCAGUAAUAAAGUUUUGGGUAACAGUGAGGUCUUGCUAUACUAUCAUGCCAAUUGUACCUAACUGGAAGCUAAUUAGUAUGUCAGUACCCCUUACACUUUGUUUGGUAUGUUUUCAUUGCCUGAGCAAUAAAAACAAAUACCAAACAGGGUAAAAAGAAAUAUAUAUAAAAUUUGUUUUGUUCAAGAUUUAUUUUAUUUUAAUCAGAAUUCGAUUUAAAUCAUCCUAGCUGUAAAAAUAGAUUAUAUACUCUUAAACAUAGCAAAAACGGUAAAUAAAAAUAAUUUUGGGAAUUCUGCGGGGAAGGUUUGAUGUAAAUCAUCAUAGUAAAGCCAGUGAUUUUAAUCACAAUUUCAAUCAUCUUUAUUUUUAUUUUUCACCCUGGUGAAAAGUAAGGUAUUAGUCCUCCAUUUCCAUCCCAUUCAACAACUGACUUUUUCUCUUGUUUGUUUCCAGUUGUCUUUUAUAUUUCAGUUGAGACGAUUUCACAAGUAAGUGGAAUGACUCGAUCGCUCAUGUAAAGUUUUUAAGGACAACUUAUUAUGCUGAGCGAGGUCGCUCGGCUUCUUUUGGUGCUACUUUUAUGAAGGGCGAUGCAGCGGCGCGUUUCUAGAAAGUCUUGUGCUACUACUAGGGAAAUAUUGUGCUGCUCUCUCCCACUACCACCUGAAGCGUAGCGCAGUGACAGAAAAGGGCACGUAUAGCCGACAGAUUAUUUAUUGAGGAAAGCAGAGGUACAGACGUCUGUGAUUUCUUUGGCUUUGAAGUGAAAUGAAGCUCGCAACUGGAAAAGCGACAUUCAAAGACCCGCAGUAAGGGAGAUCACACUUCACUAACUUCUGUGCUAUUACUCCAGCUCCUUAGUACUCGUUGAAUGCCACGACCAUAUACCUCCAGGACCCGAAGCUCGUACAAUGUAGAAUGAACUCGGCAUGCCACUUUGGCGUCGUCAACUUUGCCUCCGAAGACGCGCGACCAUUAGUACUGCCUCGUGUUGUUGCCCUAGGAAUUUCCGAGACACAGAUGACCUCCUGAAUUUCAAUAGAACACUGAAAGGCUAGCGCAGCAGUUCUAAGCUUUUGGCCCUCACAGACCCCCCUCACAGACCCCCAGACCCACUUGGAGCCCGUUUGAAGACCCCCAAUGCAUUCUCUAUCGGUUGUCUUAAAGGACGUUUUUUUUUUUCUGUACUUGGCUCAGAUUGCCGUGAACGGUCUUGAGGACCCCCAGGGUCUGCGGACCGCAGCCCGAGAACCGCCGCGCUAGCGUGUCAUAUAUGUGAAGCGUUGCCGUACUUUAAUUCCAACUCAAGUCUCCCAGCUACGAAUAUGGCCCCCCCUUCGAGUUAUUGCGUGCCUAUGUAGUACUUCUUGCACGGCCAUAUAUCGCAAAUUUUCCAUAGCGAACUGCGCAGGUCUCCACCACGGAACGUCGCUCCCAGUUUGACUUCUGAAAUGUUAACCCUGUGGAAGUAACGCAAAUGUAGUGCGUGACAAAUGUUUCUAUAUUGUGAGAUGCGACAUUUGUGUAAAGUCGCGCAGCCGCAUUUCUUCGAAGCAGGUCACGACGUUCCGUGGCAGUACUUAAAAAGGAGCACUACGGCGGAGGAAGGUUGUUUGGGCAGCGGCGUAUUUAUUCCCCACUGUAAAUGCUACGGCACCAAUUUACUCUCAGAACUAGAAAUUCUCCGAGCUUACGAGGCUCCGUAGAACUCCGUGCCAUCUCGCUUCGCACAGAGUCGCCAUUACCGUUCGUGGUUUGUUUUAUAUCUUUAGUCUGUACCAGUGUCAUUUUGUCGGAAAAAAACAGGCACAUGACCGUUCGACUUUACCACCACAUGUAGGAUGCCCGCGGUGUGCAAGACGGCACAAACAUUUCGUCGAGGGCAAUCUGUUGCUUGCUCAAAUUUGUAAAGCCUCUUGCGUGUGAAGUAUCUGCUCUGAUCUGGAUCGUCAAAUGACGCCACGUUUUAUGCAGUUUGGUGUAUACUCCACGUUUUCCUUAAAAUCUAUACUUUGUUUUAUCAGAUGUUCAAGCAGUCUAAGGCACGAACAUGUACAAUUACAAACCCACUAAAACGCAAGUCACUGGGCCUUCCCUUCCCUGUACGGUGCGCCCCAAACUUAAUGCCGCCACGAAAUGGUCCGGUCUCUUCACUUUUUGAGCUAUUCCUGAACCUAGCGGUCAAACUAGUUGGUGAUGAUUUGCAUCCCCGUUGAAAUCCCAACCAGGGGAAGGUAUUCCAGCAGCUGCAGCGACCAAUACAUUUUUGGGUAGCAUGCAAUCGAUCAAUAUUUGCGUAACCGAGUGGCGGCGUUAAGUUUGAGGGGCACUGUACAUGAUUGGCUUAGCAAUGAUGGAACACAUACAAAAACAUGGGGAACACUACGACGUAUUUUUGAUGCCAUUCGAUCGGUGCCGUGCGCUUGCAAGUGUCAACUGCAUCCAUACCCAAAGUAAAACAAAGUUCGGUUGACUUCGGGACAGUGUCAUGCGCUAUAUUCACAUUAGCAGCUCCAUUUCAUAGCAUAAAAGUUUUAGCGGCGCUAGGAUUUGAAUCUUUUUUAGCCAUUUCGUUAGGUGGUUACUUCUCUCAGCAUGCAUUGUUUGUACAAAUCCAUUUUCGUUGCACGGACAACCAACGGGCCAAGUAGUUUUGGGGAUCAACUUAAUAAAAAGGUUGUAAGGCACCAUGUACAGUUUCAUAAACGAGUUAAAAAAAAUGUUUUAGGCUUUUUUUUUUUUUGUUUGAAGAUCAAGUUGAAAUCUGCUAGUCCCACUAGUCUCGUCGGCCUGCGCCAGUUGCACGGAACUAAUUUCGGCGACUUUUUCCCAGUGUCUACCGUAGAAUAAUGCACAUGGAAGUUACGUCGCUCAGUGUCUGCGACCUUGGAAGUUCAAAGGGGUUGCGAAGGAGCAUUUGCUUGUUUAGAGAAGAGGUGAAGCAGUGAUAAAGUCAAAAGCACCUAUUUUGUGAAAAAAAGAUGUUCUAUUGUUGGGGACUUAACCGCGGCAUAUAUACAGCCCGCACCAAGCCUGUACGGUACUUUUUGUUUUUGUAUUGCAUCAUUUAAAUGCAUGCCUUGUUACGAGCCUAUAUAAAGAAUCUUGUAAACAAA